AAAGAAGCGCUCGCAGGCGAACACAGACGCAAAGGGACUGUCUCUUAUUACAACGGAGGGAAACACGUUUCGCACCUUGCGCGCUGUCCAAGAAGACUAACUUAAAGUCAAAGAAACGUGGACUUUGAGUUGAAGAAACUUACUUUUGGCUGCACCUGGCAACGCUCUUUGACUCAACACAUUCCAGUGAUGUGGAUGUGGUCAUUACGCACUGAGGCUCGUUUAGUUGGACUCUAAAAAGCGAAUUCUUUUUGGAGUUUCUUCCUCUUAUUUUUGUCUGAACAGUCACAUGACGCAAAGUUUUGCUCGGAGUCCAGGUUUUGUGGUGAGACUGUGUGCCUGCCAAGUGGAGUCGCGUGUCUGUUUGUUAAUAACCCACAAGGAAACAUGAACGUCUCCUUCUUCGACGUGACCCAGGGCGCGCUGUUUAACGGGAGUCAGACCCUCGCCGGGACUUUGGCGACAUACUCCGGUAAUGGCACCGACAACGUAGUGACCGGCGACGGUGGAGGGUCUCUGGUGCUGGUGCAAGACGAGCGCAAACUCUUCGUCAUGCGUGUGGUGCAAAUCGCGGUCCUGUGCGUGUUGUCGCUCACAGUCGUGUUCGGUAUAUUUUUCCUCGGGUGCAACCUGAUGAUCAAAUCGGAGAGCAUGAUUAACUUCCUGGUGAAGGACCGGAGACCCUCCAAAGACGUGGAGACGGUCAUGAUCGGGCUCAGCUAGAGCAUGGAGAGCAGGUACUGUGAAGAAGUGGAGCGAAGAUCCGGUAUGAGGAUCUGGUGCGCGUUUUCUACUGCAGGUCAACAUCUGCAUCUGCAUGUACUUCUCAAACACGCUGUGUGUGUGUGUGUGUGUGUGUUAGUGAGGAGAUAGAAGAUAUGCAAAAACUUAACAUUUCCUUCCGACAAACGGCUACAGGAAAGUAGUCCAGCGACCAAUGUCCGUGCGUAAAGCUUGUGCGUAAAACACGGGAAAUUGUUUACACGUGGGCCGAUCUGUUGAAUCUUUUGAUUGAAUUAAAUGUUGCCAACUUGAACUAAGUGACGAAAAUGUUUACAAGCUGUUACCUCAUUUUUUUGUUCAUUGAGUUUAAAUUUGAAAUGAUUGUUAAUGAAUGUUUUUAAAACUGUCAAAAAGCAUGAUUGUGAAUUCUUAAUAGUUCCACGUCUGCCAGUGUAUAAUGUGGACGUGAUGGACAUGUGGGUAUUCUCUAUACAAAGUAUUUUUCUUGGUCUCGUUUGGUAAAUACUUGAUGAAAUCUUGCACGUUUUUCAAGGAACUCCGUCACAGCUUUAUGGAGUGGUUCUGGUCCUGUUUGGCAUGCUCGCUAAUUGAUAUGUAAAGUGAUUUUUGGACCCGUUUUGCACUUUUUAAAUCACUGAUGCUGCAUGAAUUAUUUUGUACCAAAAAAAAAAACAACAACUUGAAAUUGCAGCAUGCAAUUAAACAUUGAAAUGAC